AUGUCCGCAACAGCUUCGGGCUCCAACGCGAGGCCAAACGGGUCUGCGACUUCACGAGAACACAAUCAAGGAAACCAGGAGCGAAAAUGGACUCCGCAACAGAAGGCCGAAGUGAUAAGGAUACGGAGAUGUAGUCCUACGGCUUUCUACGAGAUUCUUGCGGUUGAGAAAACCGCAAGCGACGGAGAGAUCAAGAAGGCGUACCGCAAAAUCAGUCUAUUGACGCAUCCGGAUAAAAAUGGGUAUGAAGGUGCCGAUGAGGCAUUCAAGAUGGUAUCGCGGGCAUUCCAAAUCCUAUCAGAUGCCGAGAAGAAGUCGAGAUAUGAUCAGUUUGGUGGUGAUCCUGAUAACCGCUUUUCUAGCAGUGGUGCUGCGGGCGCAGGAGCCAGUCCUUUCAGUGGCUUUGCGAGAGCGCCUGGGAGAGGACCAAUGUAUGAAGAUGAGAUAUCGCCAGAGGAACUGUUCAACAGGUUCUUCGGUGGGGGCUUGGGACCUGGCUUCCAAUUUGGAGGUGGCGGCUUCGGUGGCCCUCAAUUCGUCUUCAAUAUGGGCGGGGGUCCUGGUUUUACAGUACAUCCCAUGGGCGGCACCAGACCGCGAGGGAGACCGAGAAACGCGUCGGAAACUGCGCCUUCAGGAUUGUCAGCGCUCACACAACUGUUACCACUGCUCCUACUUUUUAUUCUUCCACUGCUAUCAUCAUUCUUCUCCGGAUCAUCCAACUCAGGGCCACAUGUCCGAUACGAUUCCCCGGUUCCACCACACACGAUGCACAGGGUGACGCCCAGGUACCACAUCGAUUAUUUCUUGAAUCCCGCGGAGGUGGAAGGAUACACAUCCAGACAAUUCAGCUCAUUGGAUCAACGGGCAGAAGUGGAUUAUGUUUCGACCUUGAAGUAUCAAUGCGAGAGCGAAGUACAACGGCAGCGACACGAGAUCAAUGAAGCCACGGGUCUCUUCUUUACAGACGAGAACAGGUUAAAGAGGGCCAGGGAAAUGGCAAUGCCCGGCUGCCGCCGGUUGGACGAGUUGAAAGUAACCCGGCAAUACUAG